UGGUGUGUCGCAAUUGGCUUUGCCGCCUUUCCUCGGGUCCCAGGAACAGAGGAACAUUCUGGGAGGAAGCGGGGCUGACUGGGGUCUGGAAGUUAGUAUUGCAGUGAAGGCGAUAAUGAGCGUCUGUCUUUGUUUUUAAUAAAGUAAAAGAAGUAGAAUAAUAAGUAUGAAACGACUGUGGAUUAUUGGUUUUGUUUGUGCUCUUCUUGCAUUUGCAGUAUCAGUUAAAGCAGACAAUAUCUACACUGAUGGGUCAGUGGAAGAGGAGCUGGGGAAAAGCCGGGAUGGCUCCAGAACUGAUGAUGAGGUGGUUCAGAGGGAGGAAGAGGCUAUCCAGCUAGAUGGCCUGAAUGCAUCGCAGAUAAAGGAAAUUCGGGAGAAAUCAGAAAAACAUGCCUUCCAGGCCGAGGUGAACAGGAUGAUGAAGUUGAUAAUCAACUCUCUGUACAAGAAUAAGGAGAUUUUCCUUAGAGAGCUUAUCUCCAAUGCUUCUGAUGCCCUGGACAAGAUUCGCUUGCUUUCCCUGACUGAUGAGAACGCUCUCGCUGGAAAUGAGGAGUUGACCAUUAAAAUAAAAGCUGACAAAGAGAAGAAUGUAUUGCAUAUUACAGAUACUGGAAUUGGAAUGACCAAAGAGGACCUGGUGAAGAACCUGGGCACCAUUGCAAAGUCUGGCACCAGCGAGUUUCUCAACAAGUUAACAGAGAUGCAGUUGGAAGACCAGUCCACCUCUGAGUUAAUUGGACAGUUUGGUGUUGGUUUCUACUCUGCCUUCCUUGUGGCCGACAGCGUCAUUGUUACCUCAAAGCACUACAAUGAUACACAGCACAUUUGGGAGUCUGACUCGAAUGAGUUCUCGGUGGUCACGGACCCUCGUGGGAAUACCCUAGGCAGGGGCACCACCAUCACGUUGGUCAUGAAGGAAGAGACAUCUGAUUACCUGGAGCUAGAGACUAUUAAAAACUUGGUGAAGAAAUACUCCCAGUUCAUCAAUUUUCCCAUCUACGUGUGGAAUAGCAAGACUGAAACAGUUGAGGAGCCUUUUGAAGACGAUGAUGUAGAGGAGAGCAAAAAAGAUGCUGGUGAAGAUGAAGCUGAAGUAGAAGAGGAAGAUGAGGACAAACCAAAGACCAAAAAGGUAGAGAAGACUGUAUGGGAUUGGGAGCUGAUGAAUGAUAUUAAGCCAGUCUGGCAGAGACCUGCCAAGGAGGUAGAGGAGGAUGAAUAUAAAGCCUUCUACAAGUCCUUCUCGAGGGAUUCUGAUGAGCCAAUGUCCCACAUCCACUUCACUGCUGAGGGAGAGGUGACCUUCAAAUCCAUCCUCUUUGUGCCUUCUGUGGCUCCUCGUGGACUUUUUGAUGAGUACGGGUCCAAAAAAAGUAAUUUUAUCAAGCUGUUUGUUCGAAGAGUGUUCAUCACUGAUGACUUUCAUGAUAUGAUGCCCAAAUACCUGAACUUUAUCAAAGGAGUGGUUGAUUCUGAUGACCUACCUCUCAAUGUGUCCAGAGAGACGCUACAGCAACACAAACUAUUGAAGGUCAUCCGCAAGAAGCUGGUGCGCAAGACCCUGGAUAUGAUGAAGAAGAUCACAGAUGAGCAAUAUGAGAAGUUCUGGAAAGAAUUUGGCACCAACAUUAAACUGGGUGUCAUUGAGGACCACUCCAACAGGACUCGUCUAGCAAAGCUGCUUCGCUUCCAGACAUCCCACAAUGACACUGUCCUUUCUGGCCUGGAGCAGUAUGUGGAGAGAAUGAAGGAGAAGCAGGACAAGAUCUACUUAAUGGCUGCGACCAGCAGGAAAGAGGCGGAAUCUUCUCCAUUUGUGGAGAGGCUACUGAAGAAGGGCUAUGAAGUGAUCUACCUGAUAGAGCCUGUGGAUGAGUACUGUAUUCAAGCCCUGCCUGAAUUUGAUGGCAAACGUUUCCAGAACGUUGCCAAGGAGGGUGUCAACUUUGAUGAGACUGACCAGGCCAAGGAGAAGAGGGAGGCCCUUGAAAAGGAAUUUGAACCUCUCACAACCUGGAUGAAGGACAAGGCCUUGAAAGACAAGAUCGAGAAGGCUGUUCUUUCUCAGAGGCUGACCAAAUCUCCCUGCGCACUAGUUGCCAGCCAAUAUGGCUGGUCUGGAAACAUGGAGCGGAUAAUGAAAGCACAGGCCUAUCAAACGGGAAGAGACAUUUCCACAAAUUACUAUGCAAGCCAGAAGAAAACUAUAGAAAUCAACCCCAGGCAUCCUCUCAUCAAGGAGAUGCUGAAACGAGUUUCAGCUGACCCAGAGGACCAGACUGCUGCAGACCUUGCAGUAGUGCUGCUUGAAACUACCACCCUGCGCUCAGGCUAUGAGCUGGCAGACACUAAGGCUUAUGGAGAGCGGAUAGAGCGGAUGCUGCGACUCAGCAUGAACGUAGAUGUCAACGAGCAGGUGGAGGAGGAGCCAGAGGAGGAAAAUGAGGAACCUGUAGAGGAUGAUGCUGAGGAAGAGGAGUUUAAAUCUGAGGAAGAAGUGGACACCACAGACAAGGAUGAGCUGUAAUUCACAGAGCACAAGGCACUGGAGUAGGACUAGGAGGUGUUGGAUUGGAAUAAUCGGAGCCAUCUUCAGCCUGGGUGGGGGAAAUCGGAGAUUAACUAGGACACCUGCGGCUGGGUUUUUUUUUUUUUAAAGCUCUAUUUUGUGUAAAUUUAAUAUUUAACAGAUGCUUUUAUUAUACUGUCAUGAAUUAUUAAAUGUUCCUUGAUGGGUG